AGGCGAGAAUGGUCAAGCUGGCAACUUCCGUGAGCCCCCCUCAGUGGUCCUGGGGCUGAGGCUCAGCUAGCAGCCAUGGGCCUAGACUGGUCCCAAGCCUGGCUGUUGGGCCUGCCCACAGCAGUGGUGUAUGGCUCCUUGGCGCUCUUCACCUCCAUCCUGCAUAAUGUGUUCCUGCUAUACUACGUGGACACCUUUGUCUCGGUGUAUAAGAUCAACAAAGUGUCCUUCUGGGUUGGAGAGACUGUAUUUCUCCUCUGGAACAGCCUCAACGACCCCCUCUUCGGCUGGCUCAGUGACCGCCGGUUCCUCAGCUCCCAGCCCCGGUCAGGACCUGGGUUCUCCUCCAGGGACGUGGUGCUGACACGGGUGCGGGCUCUGGGCCGGCACGGGCCGCUGCUGGCGCUGUCCUUCCUGGCAUUCUGGGUGCCCUGGGCCCCGGCUGGCUUGCAGUUCUUACUGUGCCUGUGCCUUUAUGAUGGCUUCCUGACACUCGUGGACCUCCACCAUCAUGCCUUGCUGGCGGACCUGGCUCUUUCAGCCCACGACCGCACCCACCUCAACUUUUACUGCUCCCUCUUCAGCGCUGCCGGCUCCAUGUCUGUCUUCGCCUCCUACGCCUUUUGGAACAAGGAGGAUUUCUCCUCCUUCCGUGCCUUUUGUGUGGCACUAGCUGCUGCCUCUGGGCUGGGCUUUCUGGGGGCCACACAAUUGUUGAAGCGACGGAUUGAGGCAACCAGAAGGGACAGGGGGUGCUCGGCCCUGGUCAUGGAUGGCGGUGUGUGUGAAGAGGAGCUGCUGGUGGGAGGCGGGGAAGCAGGCAACAUCACCUUGGGCCAGUACCUCCGGCAACUGGCACGCCACCAAAACUUCCUGUGGUUUGUGGGCAUGGACCUGGUGCAGGUGUUUCACUGCCACUUCAACAGUAACUUCUUCCCACUCUUCCUGGAGCACUUGUUGUCCGGCCACAUCUCCCUGUCCACUGGCUCCUUCCUGUUGGGCAUCUCCUAUGUUGCUCCUCAUCUCAACAACCUCUACUUCCUGCCCCUGUGCCGGCGCUGGGGUGUCUAUGCAGUGGUGCGGGGGCUCUUCCUGCUCAAGCUCAGCCUUAGCCUGCUCAUGCUGUUGGCUGGCCCAGACCACCCUGGCCUGCUUUGCUUCUUCAUUGCCAGCAACCGUGUUUUCACUGAGGGUACCUGUAAGCUGCUGACUCUGGUCAUCACUGACCUGGUGGAUGAGGACCUGGUGCUGAACCAUCGGAAACAGGCAGCCUCGGCGCUUCUUUUUGGCAUGGUAGCCCUCGUGACUAAACCUGGCCAGACCUUUGCCCCACUGCUGGGCACCUGGCUUCUCUGCUUCUACACAGGUCAUGACCUUUUUCAGCAGCCCCCAGUGACUUCUGUGGGGAGUGUCCGGCCUUGGCCAGAGCCCCCAGCCCCAGCCCCAGCCCAGGCUCCAACACUCCGCCAGGGUUGCUUCUACCUGCUGGUGCUUGUGCCCAUCACCUGUGCACUGCUGCAGCUUUUCACCUGGUCCCAGUUCACACUGCAUGGGAGGCGCCUGCGCAUGGUCAAGGCCCAGCGUCAGAACCUGGCACAGAUCCGAACGCUGGACGUUAAGGUGGUGUGAGAGGUGUGGCAAGGCCGCUCUGC